CGCGCUCCUCAUGCCCAGAUCUCUUCUCUUGUCCCGACAGGUCGAAUUCACAGCAGAGCAGAUUGAAGAGUUCAAAGAAGCCUUCAGCCUCUUCGACCGGACGCCUACGGGAGCCAUGCAGAUCACGUACGCGCAGUGUGGAGACGUCCUGCGGGCGCUCGGCCACAACCCGACCAACGCGGAGGUCCUGAAGGUGCUGGGCAAACCCAAAACAGAAGAAAUGAGCACAAAGAUGCUGGACUUCGAGGCCUUCCUGCCCAUACUGCAGCACAUCGCCCGCAACAAGGAGCAGGGCACCUUGGAGGACUUUGUGGAAGGGCUGCGCGUCUUCGACAAGGAGGGCAACGGCAUGGUCAUGGGGGCAGAGCUGCGCCACGUGCUGGCCACGCUGGGGGAGAAGAUGACAGAGAGCGAGGUGGAGCAGCUCAUGGCCGGGCAUGAAGAUGCCAAUGGCUGCAUCAACUAUGAAGCUUUUGUCAAGCACAUCAUGUCUGGCUAAAACAAGAAACUCCAGGU